AUGUUCACAUUCAGGAUGCUGAUGUUAGCCAAUGUGCCACCUCUCACUGAUGAAAUGAGGUUUCGUUGUCCCGCACUGCCUCUGCGAACACGAUCCACUCCCGAAUUCACACUUGUUUUAGAUUUGGAUGAAACUCUUGUACACUGCAGUCUCAGUCCACUUGUUGACGCUUCAAUGGUGUUCCCUGUUAACUUUCAGAACAAUACCUAUGAGGUCUACGUGCGGUUACGACCACAUCUGCACACUUUUCUCGAGAGAUUAUCAGCCAACUAUGAAAUCAUCCUUUUUACUGCAAGCAAAAGGAUCUAUGCCGACAAAUUAUUGAACUUGCUUGAUCCGCAAAAGCGAUUGGUAAGACAUCGACUAUUCCGAGAGCACUGUGUUUGUGUCUAUGGUAACUACAUCAAGGACCUUUCAAUUCUUGGAAGAGAUCUCUCUCGAACUGUCAUCAUCGACAACGCACCACAAUCGUUCGCCUAUCAAAUUGACAAUGGAAUUCCUAUUGAAAGCUGGUUUCACGAGAAGGAUGACACGGAGCUUCUGAAGCUGCUGCCAUUUCUGGAAAGCCUACCUAAAGAGGUCAUCUUUCAAGUAAAUAGACAACAAUGA